AUGCCUAUCAACCGUUCUCCGCUCAAAGCAACAAAAAAGAAGUCUUCUGAUAAAGAUCCAUCGUUAACGUCCUCUGUAUCUAAUCUGGAUGAACGGUUUCUGUCGAGACACUCCGGAUCUGCUCCCGACCUGCCUACUCUUUCUACUAGCGUCAAAGAGCGCAAAAAAAGGAAGUUACAGGAUGACGACGAGGAUGUAAUGGUCCUUAUUAAAGGCAUGUUUUCCGACCUUUCGAGCGAACAAGAUGUUCGUUUUCGUAGUCUGCAAACGACUAUUGAUAAAUUGAGAGAAGAAAAUCUCGAGAUGGUCAAAAACAUAGAAUUUAUGUCCACCAAAUAUGACGAUUUUCUGAUGCGAAUCUCGGCUCUGGAGACCGAAAAAAGCCUGGACAAGCGUCUUAUUAGGCAGAUGGAAGAAAAGUUGGAAAGUAUGGAACGGAAAAAUCGUGCAACGGGCAUCGAGAUUCGAAACGUUCCGAGAACCCAAGCCGAGACAAAGGAAGGCCUCUGUGUCAUAGUCCAAAAUAUGGCUCAAGCAAUGGACUUGAAUUUAAAGGAGUCUGAGAUAAAGGAUGUGUAUCGUAUCAAUACCAAAGAUUCAUCCAAUCCGAUAAUAACUGAAUUUACAACAGUUUUGAAAAAGGAAAAAAUAAUCAAAGCGGUAAAAGCAUUUAACAAAAACAAGAAACCAGGGGAAAAACUUAAUACCUCUCAUCUGAAGCUGGAAACCCCCAUGAAACCAGUUUAUGUGUCGGAAACGCUAACACAUAAGACCCAAAGAUUGUUUCACUUGGCUAGAAAUUUCCAAAAAAACUUCAAUUACAUGUUCUGUUGGACUACACACGGAGUUGUAUAUUUGAGGAAAGAUGAAAAGUCUCCCCAGCUGCGUAUCAGCACUGAGGAAGACAUUGAGAAACUCAACAAAAAAGAAUGA